AUGUCCCAGACGUCGACGAUAGUGACGGCAUCGGUCGCCGCCGCGGUUACCGGCCUGUUUGCCUACGCCGUUUACUUCGACUACAACCGCCGCAACAAGGCCGAAUUCCGCAGAGAGCUGCGCCGAAACGAGCGCAGACAGCACAAGGCCGAGAAGGAGGAGGCCCAGCUGGAGACCGUCCGCCAGCGUCAAGCGAUCAAGCAAUCCGUCGAUGACGCCAAGGCCGAGGGCUUCCCCGACGACGUUGAGUCCAGAGAAGCCUUUUUCUUGCAGCAGGUUUCCGAGGGAGAGACCCUUUCCGCAGACCCCACCCGCGCCGUUGAGGCUGCGCUGGCGUUCUACAAGGGCCUGAAGGUCUACCCCACGCCUGGUGACCUGAUUGGUAUCUACGACAAGACCGUCCCCAAGCCUGUUCUGGACGUACUGGCUGAGAUGAUCGCCUACGACUCGACCCUCAACAUCGGCCAGUACACCGGCGGUGUCAACGCCAACCUCUCUGACAUGCCCACCGUUGGCCUGGACUAA